UGUUCAACGAGACUUGUCAUCUUUUGGAUUGUUGAAACUGCCCCCAAAGAGUGUCUGGAUGCAGUGUAGUCGACUUGGUUUAUCCAUAAUGAAACCAAAACCUAUGGGAUGGAUCGUAAGACACUAUAAUAAACAAAAAGAAGAUAUAGUGAAAAUAGUAUCUCGUUGUAUACACCUUCAUUGGGGUGCUGCUGGGUUACCGCAUCCUGACAAGUUGGGCUCAGGAAAAGGUGAAGAUGCCUAUUUUGUGGAAGAAAACGCUGCAGGUGUUUUCGAUGGCGUCGGUGGUUGGGAAGCGAAAGGAGUCGAUCCUUCAUUGUAUGCCAACGAAUUGGCCAACAAAACUGCAGAGUUGCGCAAGGUGAGAAUAAAAGGUUCUUGUCAAAUUGUUGACGCUUUAGAGUAUGCUGCACAAAGCACCACUUUUAUGGGCAGUAGUACGGCAACUGUGGUUGCCUAUUGUGAGGAAAAGGAUAGCCUCAUCGGGUUGAAUUUGGGUGAUUCCGGAUUCUUGCAGGUUCGAAAGGGCUCUGUACUUUUUCGAACGACGGAACAACAGCACUUCUUCAACUGUCCUUUUCAACUGGGUACUGGAUCUCGCAAUCGAGUACAAGAUGGAGAGUUCAUCGACUUGAGAAUAGAAGUAGGGGAUUGGUUGAUUCUAGGAACGGAUGGAUUGUUUGAUAACAUGAAAACUGAGGAAAUUUUGGAAUUGAUUGGAUGUUAUGAUGAAAAUGUAGACCCUCCGUUAUUAGCACAUCGUUUGGCACAAACUGCUAUGGAAUUUUCUAUGGAUGAAAACAAAACGAGUCCUUUUGCCGAAAACGCCAACGAAGCAGGAUUUAUAUAUUUGGGUGGAAAACGUGACGAUAUUACUGUGUUGGUUGGCAAAGUUGUGAAAUAAGAAAAGGCGCGCAAUGAAGAGAAGAAAAAAGAA